ACAACAGCGGCAACAUGGGGCGACGACCUGCGCGUUGCUACCGCUUCCACAAGAAGAAGCCCUAUAUCAAGUCUCGCUACCUGCGUGGUGUGCCGGACUCUAAAAUCCGUAUAUUUGACGGCGGAAAUAAGAAGGCGGAUGUUGGAAUGUACCCCUGUGUCGUGCACAUGGUUUCGGACGAAAAGGAGCAAAUUUCUUCGGAGGCCAUGGAGGCUGCCCGCGUCGCGUGCAACAAGUACAUGCUGAAAAACGCUGGAAAGGACUCCUACCACAUCCGUGUGCGUAUGCACCCUUUCCACGUCCUACGCAUGUCCAAGAUGCUUUCAUGCGCCGGCGCCGAUCGACUCUCUCAGGGUAUGCGUCACUCGUUCGGAAAGCCCGCGGGGAAAGUCGCGCGUAUCGAGAUCGGCCAGGCGAUGAUCAGCGUCCGCUGCAAGGAUGUCCACCAGGUGCACGCCAUCGAGGCCCUCCGCCGUGCCAAGUUCAAGUUUCCGGGUCGACAGAAGAUCUUGAAGUCGAACAAGUGGGGCUUCACGAACUGGGACCGGGAGGACUACGUGCGCGGGCGCUUGGACGGGACCCUGAUCGGCGACGGGGUGGGGGUCAAGUACGUCCCGCAGCAUGGGCCGUUGGGGAAGAAGGCGGGCACCUAGAGGGAGGAGGGUGAAGGGGGCGAGAGCGAGCACGGGCGUAGGCGGAGGUCUUUAAGUAGGCAAAAAGGACGUGGAAAUAGGGGCGAGAGGUCGGUGAGAGAGGUGCUGGCGGCCCUCUGUGGUAUGCCUCGGUUUCGACUCGAAGCUUGCGGAUGGAGAUGUGAGUCCAUAGGGUAGAUGAAGAGGAGCAGCCUCCCCACCAAAAGAAGCACCCGGCCUCCCCCCACGGCCAUUGUCCCGUGCGUCAUUGCCUUCCCUUUGUCAGGGCGGGCCGAG